AUGGCUGCUCAUCUUUUUAAUAUUCUUCCAUCGUCUGCAAUUGAAAAUGAUAUUCCUUACACUCGGCUUUUUAACAAACCUGUUUCUUAUUCUCACCUUCGUGUUUUUGGUUGCUUAUGUUAUCCAAAUCUUUUGCCUACCUCUGAAAAUAAAUUAUCUCCACGUUCCACAAAAUGCAUUUUUUUAGGAUAUCCACCUAAUCACCGUGGUUAUAGGUGCCUUGAUCUCACAUCUCGUCAUAUUAUUCUCUCACGUCAUGUUGUUUUCGAUGAGAAGGUGUUUCCCUUUGUAGGUACAACUCAUGCUCCUCAGCCACAUCUCCUCGCAGCACCAUCUACAUAUCCUCCGAUCAUCACCAGCAUUCCGGCAGCCGUACAAACGCCUCCUGCAACACCAAAGGUUGCUCCGAACCCUCAGCCAGAGGUAGAUCCAACCCAUCAGCCAGAGCCGACACCAACACCGGAGCCACCACCACCGGAGCCAACGCCACCACCGGAGCCGACACCACCACCGGAGCCGACACCACCACCGGAGCCUACUCCAAUACCUCCACCACCAGCUCCUUCUGAUGCAGCUCCGGCGGGGCCGCCACCACAACGGAUGCACACUCGUAGCCGUAGCGGGAUUACGAAACCCAAACAGAUCCUCUCCCUCCACACCGAUGUCAUCUCACCACUUCCGACAUCUCAUCUAGUUCCUCGUCAUAUGAUCCCACCGAAUGCUAACAUUGUGAGAUCUAUGUGGUUAUAUACUCACAAGUUUCGUGCAGAUGGUACGUUGGCUCGACACAAAGCUCGCCUCGUUGCAAACGGAAAAUCUCAACAAGUUGGUAUAGAUUGUGAAGAAACAUUCAGUCCGGUCAUCAAACCUACCACCAUCCGUACUAUCCUUGACGUGGCGGUAUCUCGAGAUUGGCCGCUUCACCAACUUGACGUUAAGAAUGCGUUUCUCCAUGGAAACUUGGAGGAAACCGUCUAUAUGCAUCAACCGGCGUGUUUUGUAGAUCCCUCCAAACCCGAUCAUGUGUGCCUCUUGAAAAAAUCCAUGUACGGAUUGAAACAAUCACCCAGGGCGAGGUAUCAACGUUUUGCUCAAGUUGCCACAAAGAUGGGGUUUACCAAUAACAAGUGUGACACAUCUUUGUUCAUUCUUCGCCGCGGAUCUGAUAUUGCGUAUCUGCUCUUAUACAUUGAUGAUAUCAUCCUCACUGCUUCCUCCACAACCCUUCUCAGGUCCAUCAUUUCCUCUCUUAAAACUGAAUUCCCAAUGUCUGAUCUUGGUUACUUGCACUACUUCCUGGGAAUUGUUGUUCGCAGGGACAAGCACGGACUCUUUUUGGAUCAAUGGAACUAUGCCGCAGACAUACUCCAUCGUGCCAACAUGUCUCAUUGCAAACCAUGCAACACUCCCGUGGAUACAUCGGCCAAACUCCACGCUGACGUCGGCCAACCAGUUGCAGAUGCCACUCUGUAUCGGAGCCUAGCUGGAGCCCUUCAGUACCUUACCUUCACCAGACCAGACAUCGCUUAUGUAGUCCAGCAGUCCAUCGUGCCAACAUGUCUCAUUGCAAACCAUGCAACACUCCCGUGGAUACAUCGGCCAAACUCCACGCUGACGUCGGCCAACCAGUUGCAGAUGCCACUCUGUAUCGGAGCCUAG